CGUGCGAGUCAAAAAAAAAAAAAAAAAAACUAGAUCUCAAAUAAGAUGCCAGAUCUGAGUAAUCUCAUGAUCGGUCCCCUGUCAGCCCUCCCCAUUCACCGAUCCUACGAUGCAACGAUCGCUUCUUCUUCCUCAACUCCAGUCGAAACCCUAGAAGGAGAUCCUGAUCCCGAGCCUGACCGUCGGCUGAGGCUUAGGAUCUCGAAUCGAGGCACGUGCUCAGCGGUCAAGAAGGAGAGGGUUAGCGCGGAGGGGAAAGGGAGGACCCUGGAGGAUCACGUGAGGGCUUGGGUCGAGAGGAAAAUGGCGGAUGGAGUCGAGGAGAGGGAGUGUGAAUUGCCCUUUUUAACUGGGGCGUCGAAAUUGGCCGAGUGCCGCGAAUGCAACAGAUAUGUCUAUCCUGGUGAACAAGUGCUUUGCUCAGUUCGUGGUUGUCAAGAAGCCUACCAUGUAACAUGUGCUAAGAAAAGAAAAUGGAAAACCUCUGCAAAAGAAUUCAAGUGCCUGCAACAUGCUUGUUUCAUUUGCAAAAAGACUCCAUCUCGGCGGUGUGUUAGGUGCACCAAUGCAUGGCAUGACAAAUGUUCACCUUGGCCAGGUCAUAUGCUUCAGUAUGGAGAUCACUCUGGAAACCGGCAGGCAGUUUGUUGGGGACAUACUAUUGAUUGGCAACAUGAUAAAAAGCAUCCGGAUCGCACAAGUAACAUAGAGGAAGCAUUUCAGCGCCUUCCUCUUCCAUACUUCAAUGAGGAUUUUAAGAUUGGCUCCAUCUUGACAGAUGUUACUCAGAACAACACUGAACCAUGUCCUUAUGUACAUAUAAGGCGCAAUGUCUAUUUAGUGAAGAAGAGACGUGAUGGCGCAGAAGCUGAUGUUGGAUGCACAAAAUGUAGGAACAAUUCUACCUGUAGGGAUGAUUGCGAGUGUAGAGGUCUUUCAGUCAGCUGUUCAAAAGCCUGCCAUUGCUCAGAUAUGUGCACAAAUAGACCAUUCCGCAAAGAGAAGAAGAUCAAGGUCAUCAAGACAGAAGCUUGUGGAUGGGGAGUAGUGGCCUUAGAAGCCUUGGAGAAAGGAGACUUUGUUAUAGAAUACAUUGGAGAAGUUAUCAAUGAUGCUUUAUGUGAACAAAGGCUUUGGGAUAUGAAAUACCGAGGUGAUCAGAACUUCUACAUGUGUGAAGUCCGGAAGGACUUCACAAUCGACGCAACUUUUAAAGGAAACACUGCCCGAUUUUUAAACCAUAGCUGUGAUCCUAACUGUAAAUUAGAGAAAUGGCAAGUGGAUGGGGAGACUCGUGUUGGUGUUUUUGCAUCACGCUCCAUAGAAGUUGGUGAGCCUUUAACAUAUGAUUACAGAUUUGUGCACUUUGGCACCAUGGUCAAGUGUUUCUGUGGGGCGCAAAACUGCCAAGGAUUUCUUGGGAGCAAGCGAAAGACAAACCAGUUGUCCUGCUGGGGAUGCAAAAAGAAGAGAACUUCUAUCCUGAGAGCAUAAUUUUAUGACCAUUUAUUACUUGGUUUUCUUGUUUGCCAUACUUUCCCUUUUUCCUGAAACCGCAUCAUUCAUGCUUCUUUGCAUUUAUGUAUUCAUUGACAUCACCAAGCUCUUGUUCUCUCACACUUUACAAAGUGUAAUUUUACAUGAUAAAGUCGAUUGAUUCCACAUAGAACCAUCUCUUUAUUCAAGCAGACUCAUGUAAAACCCAAAAUAUACGAAGUUUUAACAGCUGGAAUUUCAGCAUGGUAUCUCUGUAACACCACGGGUCAAUCUGUUGUACGAGAACAUUCACCUGUUAGCGUGUUGCUGAUUUUUAUAGAGAAGUAUGGAAGCUUAAUGGAUUUCACUGAA